UCGGAGGUGGGGACUUAUGAAGGUUGACAGCUGAGCACUGUCAGAACUACCCAGGACUCUCAGCCAGACGGUUCAUCUGUAAGCCUUGAGCCUGAAGGCUGGCUCUUAUACACUCACUUAUCGUCUACUGAGUUUGUAUCAAGGUUACUCCUAGAAUAAGAAUGGUUUUGAGUAUCGUCGGAUCUCUGGUUGGACUGGUCAAGGUCCGUAGCCUGCACACCAACAUCGAUAAUUAUGUCUUCCGACUGCACUACCGCUGGACAACCUCCUUCUGCUACUUAGCGUGCGCUCUGGUGGCCGCAGCUGACUUUAUUGGGCAGGCGAUCCAGUGCUACGAUGGCUCCGGGAACCCAGUGGCCAAGCCUAUCAACACCUACUGCUGGAUCAUGUCUACCUUCACCAUCAACAGCAGCAGCACCGAUGGCUCUCACUACUCCAGUCAAGGCAGCAACUACGACGGCACUGGCACCUUCAACCCCAAACUUCACACCAAAACCUACCACGCCUACUAUCAGUGGGUUCCGUUCGUCCUGUUCUUCCAGGGAUGCCUAUUCUACCUGCCUCACCUUCUGUGGAAGGCCAAUGAAGGGAAGACAGCAGAUACCCUUCUUCAGGGACUUCAGUACAACUCUAUGGAUGAUGACCGCGAACAGAAGCGAAAUAACAUUAUCAGGUAUCUACAGUCGUCGUGGGGUCGUAACGGCCGCUACUCGGCCGUGUUUAUCCUCUGUGAGGCCCUCAACUUAGUCAACGUUAUCGGACAAAUGUUUUUACUCGACAGUUUCUUCGGCGGAGUCUUUAUGACCUACGGGACCAAGGUGUUGAACUUUGUGGUGGACGACGACGUGGAGGGAAUGCAUGACCCCUUGAUAACCACCUUCCCUAGGGUGACCAAGUGUAACUUCCACAAGUUUGGUCCCUCGGGAACCCUGGAGCUAAAGGACGCCGCCUGCAUCCUCCCCCAGAACAUGCUCAAUGAGAAAGUCUUCAUUGUCAUGUGGUUUUGGUUCGUCAUCCUCGCCACCAUCACCUCUAUCCAGCUGGUGUGGCGCAUAGUGAUCGCCUUCAGCCCGGUCCUCAGAGUUCGAGUACUGGAACGCCGUGGGAAGGUCACUGCUACACCCAAACUGGAACAAGCUGUCCGCCACCUACACCUCGGCGAUUACUUUCUCCUGGACAUCAUCGGCCGCAAUUUGGACGCCUACAACUUCAAUGAGAUCCUUCUUAAAUCAACGAAUUGCGAUGAGGGCGACCUCGGUCACAAUACCUAUCACCCCUUCAACGAGAUUGAUGACGAUGACCCAACGGCUCUGAAACGGCAGAUGGAGAACGAAGAUAUAACCGCAGUGUAGAGCAACAGAUAUAUCCACAAGUGCAUAGUUGGCGGAGCGACGCCUCCCUGGUGGAUAUUCAGAGGUAUAACAGAAUUAUUUGGUUUCGCGAAGAAAUCAUGCAUGUAAAUAUAUAUUAUACUUAAUUUAUUUACAUGUUAUGCUGUGAUACGGUAACGCUUACAGUCGUAACCUUGAUCUGGUAUGAGGCCAGCAUCGAGGGUGGGUGAGAUAUAUUGCUCGGGCGGCGCCUGGCCUCUCUGGCUUUAUGAUUCAGGCAGCAACAAUAACCACCUGAUGAUUGGUUCCAUGUUCUUGCUACGAAUCUUAAAGGGCAGUUACGUCUAUCCUCAUGUUCCCGCCCCCUGCAAUGGGGCAGGAGCAAGCACUCAACACUCGACAAUCACCAUCACUCCCACACAGAAACAUAUAUAUAUAUAUAACCAUUUAACCAAAUGCACACGAACCAUAUUGUUAUAAUACGGAAAAAGGGCAACUUUUACUUGUAACGUUAGGUCUUGAUAGUGAAGUCUCCAAUAAAGCAAGGAAUGGGAAGAGCUUAGCAAGAGAUCAGAGCGGGAUCGAGAUACUGGUAUCUUGUCUUAUCGGGAAACAAGAAGGCUUAGUCUGUUCUCCAUUGAGUUGAUGGAUGAGCUAAUCGAGUGAUAGGCUUCCAGGUGCCGAAGAUUGUGGUAUAUACGUACUUGUGGUAUAUACGUACGUGGUAAGUAUUGUAAAUAUUUUUGUACUCACCUAAUUGUGCUUGCGGGGGUUGAGCUUUGGCUCUUUGGUCCCUUUUGUACGGGUGUGUCAGCGAUGGCAGUGUCUGUGUAUUAUGUAAAAAUCUUAUCUGUGAUGAAUUUAUAUUUUAGACAGUAUUUUGUACAAAUACCAUUUAAAUCAAUAAAGCUACUAAAUGAAA